AUGCCCAGUCGAUGUCAGGCAUGCCGAGAUCUGGACAUUUGGCGAGCCACGGACCGGCUUCCGGGGUACACACUAUCUGCUCUGGUAGACGGUGUCGUACUCGCCCGGCUACGAACUUUUGAGGACCCCAAGGACUGCGAUUUAUGUCAGCUCUUCUCCAAGCUGUACGUCGACAUCGAUCCGGCAGCAUCCGGCUCGGUUCACACGGCGGAAUUACGAGCUUUCCCACUCGUGCCGCACAUCGCUUUGCGAUCGCACAGGCAAGGGUUCUGGAAAGGGGACAAGAGUUACUUGUUCGAAUCAGAAGAUCUGACCGACUUCUUCCUUGCCGUGGUUCCGGCGGAUUUCACCCACACAGGGGGCAGAGACAACUCACGACUGGAGAAGCUUGUGGCCAAGCAGGGCCUCGUAAUGUGGCAUCGUGAAAUUCAGAAGAAUACACGCAUCUUCUCCCCACGAAUAGUCACGCCUCAAUUUAACCCCCGAGUUGUCGUGGAGUGGCUGGACUGCUGCACAAAACAUCACACAACUUGCCAUCGCGGGCAAGGCGCUCUGCCGAAUAUGAAACUCAUCGACUGCGAAAGCCGGAGAGUCAUCACAGUAGAGUCUUUGCCCGACGAUGGGCACCCAGAAUACGUUGCCCUGAGUUACGUAUGGGGAAAGAGUACGAGUAGCCUCCUGGAGUUCACGGACACGGGAACGUCAUUACCCAGGAAUCCACCACAGGUGAUCGAAGAUGCCAUGAAGGUCACAACAGCACUUGGCUAUCGGUACAUCUGGGUCGACAAGUACUGCAUCGACCAGCACGAUAGCGGCAAGAAACACGAGCAAAUCAUGCACAUGGACUUCGUGUAUCAGAAUGCUGCACUUACAAUAGUUGCAGCAGCCGGAGACGACGAGACGCAUGGUUUGCCAGGGGUUUCGACAGAAAGGCCAUCACAGCAGAGCUUCUUCCCACACGAACGAUUCAACCUUCGCUCAGCUCUUCCGUCACCUCAACAAAAUAUUCUGAAAUCGCGAUGGGCAACGAGAGGCUGGACGUACCAGGAGGCUGUCCUGUCGAGCCGACGUCUUGUCUUCACCCAAGACCAGCUUUACUUCGAAUGCAGCUCUAUGAACUGCCACGAGAGUCUACGCAUAUCUUUCGACGCGUUAUAUCGGAAGCGGAGAUCCCAUCUCGACGACUACAUUGGCCGCUCUCUCUUCGGAUCUGAACAUCUAACACACCGCACCGGGAAUUACGAUGAGACGUCCAGACUGAACAAGUUCGUUGCUUAUCUGCAGUGCGCUGAGCAGUACUCGAGGCGAGUAUUGAGUUUCGACGAAGACGGCAUGAAUGCUUUUGGUGGGAUUAUCAAGCGGCUAGAGUCGACAACAGACUUCCCGGUGCGACAAGUCUGGGGUAUCCCGUUUUUCCACCCGAAAGACGACAUACUUGCUUCUGUUGGCAAUGUGGACUAUUCAGGGUAUCUUCUGGCAGCUCUCUCUUGGAGACAUGAACUGUACAAGCCCACGAGGAGACGCAAGCAAUUCCCUUCGUGGUCCUGGACUGGGUGGGAAGGUUCAGUAACGUGGCCAAGACCGUUGGACUCUCACAGCAUCAGCAGCUCAGAAGACUUUGACAUGGCCAGUGUUCAGCUACACCUUGAAGACGGUACCACAGUUUCCCUGUCCGGCCUUGACCCGCGAAGUCCUGGUCUAAACUUCUCUCAGCCGAGGGCGCUUCUUAUCCACACAUUUGCCGUUCCUCGGACUGCUUUUAUCUCCGAUGGUUCCAUUCACAGCAUGCGGCUUGCUAAUGGAGGAGAAGUUCGACUCUACCCCAGCAAGGAAGACCUGGACGCCCCAAAAGUGCUCAAGAGGAUUCAAACCGGACGCUACGAGGCCAUCAGACUGGGCACCAUCAACGACGACGCCUACAUGAUGCUGAUUAAGUGGUAUCGCAACUCGGCAUACCGGAUCGGCACACUAGUUGUCAAUAAGUUCUACCUUACAUACUACGCGCCUGUAGCGAGAACGUUCAGAAUCAAAUAA